AUGGGCGAUUCAAUGGCACCAAAUGUGUUGGUGUCACUGCCUCAGACCCGGGGUUGGCCUCCAGUUGGCAGUGCCAAGCCCUCCCCUCCUUGCCGCGCCUUGUUGCAAGGACUCGGCGCAGAAGUAGCCAGCGAGUACGGUUACUCUCAGCCCAGGUCUCACCUGUCCAGGCCUCGGAGCUCCCCAGACGACCUGAAGGUGCUGACUCUCAACGUGAACCGGCUGAACGAGAGCUUCAGGGACUUGCAGCUGCGGCUCCUGCAGGCCCCGCUGCAGGUGGACCUGACGGAGCAGGUGUGGAAGGUGCAGGACGCGCUCCAGAACCAGUCGGACUCGCUGUGUCAGCCUGUGCUUUCUCUUCUUAUAUGGACCCCAGUCAUUGGGUGUCCUGUUCCAGAAAGCCACCUUCUAAUCUUGGUGCUGUUUGUAACCCUUUCAGGACCACCGGGCCCCAAAGGUGAUCAGGGCGAUGAAGGGAAGGAAGGCGAGCCUGGAAUCCCUGGAUUACCUGGACUUCGAGGUCUACCAGGGGAGAGAGGAACCCCAGGACUGCCCGGCCCCAAGGGUGAUGACGGGAGGCCAGGAGCCACAGGCGUGAUGGGCAUGCGCGGGAUCAAAGGUGACCGAGGCCCAAAAGGAGAGAAAGGAGAUAAAGGAGACAGAGCAGGGGAUGCCAGUAAGGAAACUUUGUUGGGGUCACUGGAUUCUGUGUCAGCAUGGGGCACCGUGUGCGAUGACGGCUGGGACAAGAAGGAUGGGGACGUGGUGUGCCGCAUGCUGGGCUUCCGCGGCGCACAGGAGGUGGCCCGGACCGCUCGAUUCGGGCAAGGUACGGGGAGGAUUUGGAUGGAUGAUGUUGCCUGCAAGGGCACAGAAGACACCAUCUUCCGCUGCACCUUCUCCAAGUGGGGGGUGACCAACUGCGGACAUGCUGAGGAUGCCGGGGUGACAUGCAUCAGACACUGAAAGUGGACACAGCUAAGGUCUGGGCCCUACUGCCCAGCCCCCUUCCUGCAUUCCUAGGGUGGGGGCACCGCUUGGGGCACCUCUGACCACACCUCUGCCCUGUCUAGGCCAGCAUCCUCCUCCCCCUCAUCCCUAUCCCAGGACCUCAGUGGCCUGUCAUCAUUCUCCUCUUGGACAUCCGCUCCAAACUGUAACUCUGGGAUCUACAGCCUGCCUCUUCCUUCCACCAGAGUUCCUGAGUGUGGAGUCCCGGUCAACUGGAUCGCCAUUUUGCCCAGCCUUCGAAGCACCAGGCAUCAGGCCUCCAUAUCCAUGUUCCCUUAGGUCUGUUAGUUAUAGAUGGACGGUGAGACUGUGCUGCCGUGGAGAUGGUAGGGAGAUAUCACAGAUCAUUCACUCUUCAGAUAAUUCCCAAACCUCAGUUCAGCCAAGAGUUUUGACAUCUUCCUUCCCAGCAAGAGACAAUACUGCGUGAUCCAUCUUCCCCUCUUUACGCUGCCUCGGCGUCCUUUUGUUAGUUUGGGGCAGUGACAGCUGUAGGCGUGAGAGGGAAAUCAAGUCACCUACAGGAAUUGAUUUGGAUUUGGAAAAGGAGAGUGAAACUCACAUUUAUUGAGUCAUCACCACGUGUGCUGCAUAGUGUCUUGGGUACUAAAUGUAUCCACUUGGCAGCAUUUCCAUAAGGCAUGUUAGCUCAGGUAAGUAAGAUUUUACCUGCAUACGCCUGGCCUAGAAGUCCUAAAAUGGAGAAUGACGGAGACCACUGUUCCCACAGGAACCUUAGUGCGUCUUUGCUAGGCUUGAGCAAGAAGCUCAGGUGCAAGACCUGUGUGCCUAGAAGGUUACUUAUUUCCAAACCUAUGGAGGAUGAGUGCAAGGGAAGACAUGACUGGCUUCCAGGCCAACCAUCCACAGAGAAGGAAGGGUGAUGUGGAGGGUACAUGGGCGCUGUCGGGGUUAAACUGAGACCAAUACUCAGUCAUCUGGCAGUCAGGGUUCAAGCCAAGUCGCCUACAUCUCAGAGCUGUUUGGAGGUGACGACGUUGAACCUUCCAGGCCUCUUGGGGUGUGAUCCUGUGGUCAGGAGACCACGCGUCCUGAUGGGUAGGAGUAGAAGGAAAUGAGGAUGCCUUAUAACCUCCAGGGGAAGGAAGGGCGCUGGGCUUCUGCAAAUCCUCCAUCGGCACCCUCUCCUGGUGACAGGGGCAUCAUAUUCUGGUUUUGACACAAGAGGGAGAUCAAAGUGGGCCACCCGUGUGUCCCAGGACCAGCGAGGGAGCACAGAUCCACCCCACGUCGGGGAGUCCCAGACUCACAGGCCUGGGACACACAGCCACCUGUCGUAUCAGGCGAGCAUCAGCCUGCCUGGGGGAAGGGACCCUCCUUUGUGGGCCCAGCAAAGCUCCUAGCUGACAACGAAACCAAUAUGUGCUAUUGGUUGUUAUUUGCUUACAAUAUGCUUGUUAAUCAUUAAUGCCCUAAUGAUCAGAGACUCUCUUUCUGACCAAUUGCUAUGUUUACAUAACUUGCAUGUACUCAUGCAUUUUUUUCCAGAGCCAAUCUAUGUAUGCGUAUAUACACAUGGCACUGUUUACAUCAUAGCCCAGCACAUUGCAAAGUUUGUAUUAAAAAGAAAAAAAAAUACUAAAGGUGGAAAGAUGUCACAUUGAAUGAAAUAGAUUCCCAAGUUGGUUCUGGCAAAGGAGCCGGUUACCCCACUGAUGAAGACCCGAUGAUUUUCUUACUUGGUCUUUUCAUUUGGGAAGACACAAUUCUUGUCUUACAUCAAAUGAAAAUGAUGGUGAUAAGUGUUGAACCCUAAAAACACACACAAAAGUCUACUAGUUUACAUACCUACUUAAGAGGACGUGGAAAUCCCCAAUGGGCCUAUGUUUCAGGGACUGAAGGAAAUUAGGCCUGGCCUACAAUACAUCCGACCUUUUGUAAGAAAGAAUUGCAAUAAAGUUAAGAACAUGUCACUGA